CCGCCAAACCAAACUGUGGAAGUUACCGGCACGCGACUACUUACUCGUACUAUACUUAAAUAGAGCAGCAAUAAUACUUUCGUUUUAGCAACGAUUGCGUGCGGAAGAAGUGAAAGAAAACCCAUUUGUGUUGAGGUCAACAAAGUAGGCAAAAAAGAAAAAAAAAAUGAGGGAAUGUAUUUCGGUUCACAUCGGCCAGGCGGGUGUGCAGAUUGGCAACGCUUGCUGGGAGUUGUAUUGCCUGGAGCAUGGCAUCCAGCCAGAUGGCCAGAUGCCCUCCGACAAGACCGUUGGCGGCGGCGAUGACUCAUUCAACACGUUCUUCAGCGAGACGGGUUCGGGCAAGCACGUGCCGCGUGCCGUCUUCGUUGAUUUGGAACCAACUGUAGUGGAUGAGGUGCGUACUGGCACCUAUCGCCAGCUAUUCCACCCGGAACAGCUCAUAACUGGCAAGGAGGAUGCUGCCAACAACUAUGCGCGAGGACACUACACCAUUGGCAAGGAGAUUGUGGAUCUGGUGCUCGAUCGCAUACGCAAGUUGGCCGAUCAGUGUACGGGUCUGCAGGGCUUCUUGGUGUUCCACUCGUUUGGUGGCGGUACUGGCAGCGGCUUCACUUCGCUGCUGAUGGAGCGCCUGUCUGUCGACUAUGGCAAGAAGUCAAAGCUGGAGUUCUCCAUCUAUCCGGCCCCUCAAGUAUCCACCGCGGUCGUUGAGCCAUACAAUUCGAUUUUGACGACCCACACCACCUUGGAGCAUUCGGAUUGUGCUUUCAUGGUGGACAAUGAGGCCAUUUACGACAUCUGUCGUCGCAACUUGGACAUCGAACGGCCCACUUACAUGAACCUUAAUCGUUUAAUUGGCCAAAUUGUUUCAUCCAUUACCGCCUCGUUGCGCUUCGAUGGCGCACUCAACGUGGAUUUGACGGAGUUCCAGACCAAUUUGGUGCCCUACCCACGCAUUCAUUUCCCACUGGCCACCUACGCGCCCGUAAUUUCCGCCGAGAAGGCUUACCACGAACAAUUGACGGUGGCUGAGAUCACCAAUGCCUGCUUCGAGCCGGCCAAUCAAAUGGUCAAGUGUGACCCACGACACGGCAAGUAUAUGGCCUGCUGUAUGUUGUAUCGCGGCGAUGUUGUGCCCAAAGACGUGAAUGCGGCCAUUGCCACCAUCAAGACGAAGCGCUCCAUUCAGUUUGUGGACUGGUGUCCCACGGGCUUCAAGGUGGGCAUCAACUAUCAGCCGCCCACUGUUGUGCCCGGCGGCGAUUUGGCGAAGGUCCAGCGAGCCGUUUGUAUGUUGUCCAAUACCACGGCUAUAGCAGAGGCGUGGGCGCGUUUGGAUCAUAAAUUCGAUUUAAUGUAUGCCAAGCGUGCCUUCGUACACUGGUACGUGGGCGAGGGUAUGGAGGAGGGCGAGUUUUCAGAGGCACGCGAGGACUUGGCUGCCCUGGAGAAGGACUACGAGGAGGUGGGCAUUGAUUCCAACGAUGCCGAUCCUGGUGAGGGAGAUGAGUACUAAGACAUUCAACUGGAAACGAACGUGAAUCAGACAUACAUAUUUGUCCCAAUGUUUUGCCCCUAACUUCAACUAAUAACUAAUUCUUCCGUUUGCCGCAAC